AUGUCUUCAAGAACUGUAAGAAGGCGGCUCCGUCAUGGGGAUGUUGAUGGCAAAACAAGUGAACAUGUAGACAUCCAAACAUCGGAUUCCUUGAAUGAGCCUCUUCUUGGAGAACACGGACGUGAUAAAAACCAAAUUGAGGUAGUCUCCCUUUAGGAUUGAGGGACUCCAACAAGAGGACACAUUAGUCAAUCUAGAACAACACAUUAUUCCCUCAUUCCUUGUUUUUGAUCAUCUAGUUCUUUGUUACCUUCAGGAAUAUAUUCAUGGAGACAAUCAGGAUCUGUGGGAUGAGAAGAAAAAGGAACGCAUGCACUGGUCACUUCUAUUCUCCCGACUGAUUUCCCAGUGGGUACAGUGGCUAGGUAUUCUUCUUUUAUCUGUUCAUAUAUUUUUUUUAAUUUUUCUCACUCUGAUAGCAAGCCAUUUAAAAUUUUAAAACAAGCCUGUGCACAUCUCUAAUCAACUCCAUAUCUCCGAAGUUAUUUAGUUUACAUCCAAUCCUUCUAUAAGUUUGUUUAUUUCAAAGAUGAUAUUCAUAUCCUUAUUGGGAUCUUUCCUGGGCCCUUCAUAUGCCACACAGACCCGAAAACUUUGUUGAUAUUGAUGUUGAUGAUCUUUCCUCUCCACAGAGAAUAUCGUUGUUUGCUCAACUUCACUCGUAGGAAGACUCGUAGCUCUUCCAUCGAGCAUGCAGAAUGGACGUGAUAAACCAUUUUACAUGAGCCCUUUACAGGUAAAUUUCAACCUAAAACCUUUCCGGGCAUGACAGAUUUGAAGGGAAUAUCCUUUCCCUAUGUUUUCUUUUCUCAAAAAAUAUGCAUUUAUUAAAUCUCCUUUAUUCAAGAACGCAUCAAAAGGCAAUCCGGAGCUGGGCGUUCUUCGUGCUGAAUAUCUUUCCCCAUAGAGUUUAUUAUGUCGGUUAUCUGUUGAUUAACAGAAGAACGAACCCUUUUAUGCAUGCACACACAAUCAUCCGUACCAAAUCCCCAUGCUAUGAUUUGCAGGAAGAGAGGCUGCAGGCAUUGAGAAAGAGGUUGGAGGUUCCAUUUGACGGCUCUCUCCCUGAUCACCAAGUGACUUCUCUCUCUAGAUUUCUAAUCAUCAAAUAUGGUCUGUACACAGAAAAACAGCUUGAUAAAACAGGUUGAUGACUUCAUUUGACGACUCUCAUCGCAGGAUGCCCUGAAAAAACUAUGGAAGCUGGCCUACCCCGGCCGAGAAAUCCCCCCUCUCAAAUCAGUGCUAUGGAAGGAUAUGGGCUGGCAGGGCUCUGACCCGUCCACAGACUUCAGGCAUCUUUUGCCUCCUCUGAUUCUCCAAUUUAAUUUAUUAUUAUUAUUAUUUAAUUUUUUACAUAAAUGGGUGAAAUUCAUCCUAUGCAUUCCUUCAGGGGCGGCGGAUUCAUCUCUCUGGAAAACCUCAUCUUCUUCGCCAAGAAAUACCCCGUCAGUCUCCCUAGAAAGAGCUUCCCUUCUUAAAUCUCACGCUCCAUGGAUGAACAUGGCCCUUGUUGCAGGAUGCCUUCCGCAACCUACUGAACAAGGAGGAAGGGGACAGGGCGGAGUGGGAGUACCCCUUCGCCGUGGCCGGCAUCAACAUAUCCUUCAUGCUAUCUCAAAUGCUGGAUCUGCAGUCUGGUAGGCAGAGGAACUUCCAAGAUCACAAGAAAGCAAUUAUUUUUAGGAACUUAUAAGAUCAAACCUUUUGACCCGGAACCAAUUUCUUUCCAAAAAUGAAAACCCAUGAAGGAAUUCAACGCCCUCUUGCAGGAGUGCCCUCCUCCAAGGUUGGGAUCCGCUUCCUGGAGAUCCUCGCUGCUGAUGAAUCAGCCUUCGACAACCUCUAUUGUGUGGCCUUCCGGCUGCUGGACGCCCAGUGGCUCGCCAGACGAGCAUCCUACAUGGAAUUCAACGUAACCACUCCCUUUCCCACAAUAAUGAUAAUAAUAGUAAUAAUAAUAAUAAUAAUAAUAAUUAUUAUUAUUAUUUAUUUAUUUUUGGGUUUUCUUCUGGCAGGAAGUCUUGAAGCUGACACGUGUGCAGCUAGAGCGGGAGCUGAUACUGGAGGAUGUGUCCACCAUCGCUGACCUCCCGGCUUACACCAUGUUGGUAGUAAGAUAG